AUGGCGCACGCGGCGGGCGGCGACCGGGGGGACGGACGGGCAGGACACGGUGCGCUAGGUUCCCGCGGCAGCUGUCGGAGAAAGAGCGCGCGGCGCUGGCCCCCGGAGCCUGGGGCUGGCGGGCGCAGGGCGGGCGCAGGGCGGGGGCGGCUCCGCCCAGGCCGCGUAGCUGCCGCGCGCCCCGCCCGGCCCCGCGCCGGGCCUUCGGCUGCUCCCCGCCCGGCCAGCGGGCGGAGGGUCACGGCCUCGAGUGCCCCCAGCCCUCGCAGAGGUCGAGUCGGGUCGGGAGCCCCGGGUUCUCCGCAGCUCCGCCCCGGACCCCCGCACCACCCACCCGCCGCCGCACCGCAGCUCCCAGCCCCGCGGCCGGCGCUCGGUGAGAGGCAAGCGGGUUCCGACCGAACGCGAACGAGGCAAACCCGUGCUUUGUCAGCCAAAGUUGCAAAGUGCUGUGCGAAGCCGACCCUCCGAGGUGAAGUAACUGAGUCUGCCUGCGGCCACACAACUGACAAUGCUGCACCUGCACCGCUGCCCGGACUCCCUGCGAGAUCAUCACGCGGGGCUGUAAUUGCGAUUCAAGAUUCAAGACCUUCCGAGAAUACUUGUCCUGCAGGCUGGAGUUCGCCGUGGCUUCUGACCGCCCCCGACAGUUCCGACCUCAAGUCCGGGAGCAGGCUGAGGGCUAAGUGCACGGGGCCCCAACACCUGUGUUCCCAGCCCGCCUUGCCGUUUCCAAAGGCGCUCCCGGACUCCUGCCCUCAGAGCGCGCUCUCCACGCACUGCUCCUACCUCUCUCGAGUUAAAACCCAAAUCCUUAAAACGCGUAUAGGGCGAAGCCAGGAUGGUCCCAGCUCCCUCCCUGACCUCCUCUCCUCCUCCAACCCACUCCCUCCACCCUGCCUCAGGGCCUCUGUCUAGACUGCCCUCCCCCCAGACUUCCCCACUGCGCCUUUUGUUCGAAUGUCACUUUUCAGAGAGGCCAUAUCUGAAUGCCAUUUAAGACAUGCUCUCCAGAAUGUCCUGCUACUUUCCCCUGCCUGAUUUUUCUCCUGUGUAUUGAAUACCAUCUGACCAGCUAUUUUAUAAACGGAUGUGUCCCGCCUCGUCCCCUACCAUCAGUUCCAUGAGUGUUGCACCCCAGUGCCUGGCACAUGGUACUCCACAGCUGUGAUACACCUGCCAUUAGGACCAUCUACCCUCUCUUGGCCCCAGUGCUUUAGCGUUUUUUGUUUUUUGUUUGUUUGUUUGUUUGUUUGUUUUUGGCAUCCCUGGCCUGGUACCGGCUGCAGCACAGUGCUAGUGUUAAAUGCACUGCUCAGUCUCCUUGUGAUCCUGGAGCGCCCCAUACUUGUCUGCUUGCCACACAGCACAAAUGCCCCUGUUUGAGAAGGGGUCACUUGCUUUUAGACUUCAAAAUGGAUGUGCCUUCUAUCCAACCCUCUAGCCAUUUUGCAUCCUGAUACUCUCUUGAAUCUGAAAAAAGGAAUGGAGUUACAGCCAAUAACCAGCUGCCUGUUGUAGCAACAUUAAAAACACUGCCUCUUUGAUUAAGAGUCUGUUCAUUAGAAAGCUUGUUGGUGUUUCAAGUUCCUGCAGAAUCUAGGGGAAUCACUACAUUCUGAGUGUGCCCGGAGAUGUGUACCCAUCUUGAAUACUGUGUGUCCAAGUAGGAGAAGUUGAAAAGCCCCAGCUUCUGUGCUUCCCUGGGUUUCCUGUUACCCUGGAGGGGUUACAUAGUAGAGUCAGGGAGUGUGAGUCCCUACAGGACUACACAGGCAAGAGUCUCAGUGGCUUUGUUGUUCCAUCUUAUUAGUGCAGUCUGGCUCGACAUCGCAAGAGUUAUGAAAUAGUCAACACUUUGGCUCAGCCAUCCUCUUUCUGGCUCGGACCCAAUGGACAUAAUUUAGAAGGAGAAAAAAAGUUGUAUGUAUACAGAUAUUUGUAGAUGAAUUAUUGAUAAUGGCAAAACAGCUCAACCAAUAACAGAAAAGAAGUUAAAUACAGUAUGGCCAUAGGAGGGAACUGUGAAUACUAUAAGGACACAGGGACAUGUUUCAAAAUAUGUAAAAAGAACAGAACAAAAUUAUGUCAUGUUUAAAAAAUAAAAGCUGUAUCGAUCAAUUAAAAAAAUAGGAGAGAGUACAAAAGCUUUGUAUUAGUAGGUAGAGUUGGGGACAAUUUUUAAAGUAACAUCUUCCAGGGCAGUGCUGUGGCAUAGUGGGCUAAGCCCCUGCCUUCGGUGCCCAGUUCGUGUCCCGGCUGCUCCACUUCCAAUCCAGCUCUCUGCUAUGGCCUGGGAAAGCUGUAUAAGAUGGCCCAAGUUCUUGGACCCCUGCACCUGCUUUGGGGGCCCAGAGGGAGCUCCUGGCUCCUGGCUUCAAAUCAGCUCAGCUCCAGCCAUUGCAACCAUUUGGGGAGUGAACAAGAGGAUGGAAGACCUCUUUCUCUCUCUCUGUCUUUAACUCUACCUUUCAAAUAAAUAAAU